AUGAGCAAGCACGCCUUGGAGCCAGUGGCUUCUGUUGCCAAGAAGGUCAAGCUUGAUCCCGAAAACCUCAAACCGUCGCAGACCCUAUACUUAAAGAACCUCAAUGACCAAAUCAACCCUACCCUCAUCAAACACAGCUUAUACUUGUUGUUCUCCACAUACGGAGAUAUAGUCGAAAUCCACAACCGUAAGAGAGGACAAGCACAUGUGGUAUUUGACAGUGUUGUGCACGCGGGUUUGGCCAUGAAAUGUCUACAAUCAGAGGAAUUCUUCAACAAGGCUUUGGUUAUCCAAUACUCAAAGAACGAAAGCAAGGUGGUAACGAGAUACAAAGACGAGAGUUGA